GCACUGCGGGGCGGGAGCGGCCCGGGCCGCGGCCAUGCCGCUGUGGCUGCGGGAGCACAGCUGGCGCCAGACCCUCACCGCCGUGUACCUCUCGCUGCCCUUGCGCGGCGCCCGGGCCACCCCCGGCAGCAUCUUCUGCAGCGAGCGGUACCUGAAGGUAAGCAUCCCUCCCUUUUUAUUUGAAGCCGUUUUAUACGCUCCUAUUGAUGACACCAAUAGCACAGCAAAGAUUGGAAAUGGAAGCAUUUUCUUCACUUUAUAUAAAAAAGAACCGGCCAUGUGGGAUUCCCUAACUCUAGCAAACACUGACAAGGAGCAACUACAAUAUCUGAGAGAGAAUGCUGUCCUAAAAGCCCAAGAAAAAGCAAAAGAGGAGACAAAAGCAAGGAAAAUUACAAAACAGGAGCACAAAAAAUAUGCUUUGGAGGCCACAAUGAAGCUAGAGGAAGCAGAAAGAAAAAGAAUUGAAGAUCUGAAAGAAAAGGAGCGGCAGAAGGUUGCUAAAGAGUUGGAGUUAUGGAAAAACCAACAAAAAGAUGGUGAUACAUACAAGACCAUGCAAAAAAAGGGAGAAUUAUAUCAAGAAAUAGAACCAUUAAAAGAGAGAAAAAAUGAAAAAAUGAACAAAUCUCGGAUUCCUAAUGAAGGAACUUCUAAGACAAGACUCAAAUCCACAAAAGGUUCCUGCAGUAUAUUUUCACAGAAUUUAAAGGAAGAAGAGUUACCAGCUCCCCGAGCUGCUGCUACAAUUCAAGUCAACUUCACUCCACGAGUUUUUCCCACAGCUCUGCGAGAAUCUCGCGUUGCAGAAGAGGAGGAGUGGCUACAUAAACAAGCAGAAGCUCGAAGGAUAAUAAAUUCUGAUUUAUCUGAGCUGGAAGAUUUAAAAGAAGAGGAGAAGAAUCCAGAUUGGUUAAAGGACAAAGGAAACAAAAUGUUUGCAAUGGGAGACUACCUUGGGGCAGUAAAUGCAUAUAACCUUGCAGUGAGGCUGAACAGUUCACUUCCCCUGCUGUACCUGAACCGUGCUGCUUGCCACCUCAAACUGCGAAAUUUACACAAAGCUAUUGAGGAUUCCUCCAAGGCACUGGAACUGUUGACACCGCCUGUCCCUGAUAAUGAGAACGCUCGAGUGAAAGCCCAUGUGAGACGUGGAACAGCAUUUUGUCAGCUGGAAUUAUACACUGAAGGUCUUCAGGAUUAUGAAGCAGCUCUCAAGAUCGAUCCUAGAAAUAAAAAUAUAGAAGAAGAUGCUGAGAAGAUUCGACAUCUAAUUCAAGGAACAAUGCAAAGUUCUUAACUUUAAAAAAAUAUAUAAAAAAAGAAACUCUUUGGUGCCUUUGAGGAUAUCAGAAGGAAUCUUAUUUCUCUUCAGUGUGUGUUACCUAGACAUUUUUCUACUUUACUCGGAACACUUACAAAAUUGGUAAAAGAUUGGAUAUAUUAUUAGAAAAUAUAGUAUUAUAAACAUGAUUAGCUAUAUUUUAAAUAUGUCAUAUUGUCAAAGUUGUCAUAAUUUGCUUUUUGUUAGCAUUCUGUAUCCCUCUGAUAAUCUGAAACCCUGGACUUUAAGUGGUUCCUUUUUGUUAAGUCUUUCCAAACUGCAAGCAUUUCAACUACAUUUCUUUCAGCAGCAGUUUUAGCAAACUUCUGAAUUUUCUGCAUCAGUCUCUUUCCUGAAUACCAUUUAUGACUGAUUGCUGUCUUUAUAAUAAAGUAUUUAUCAGGCAGAUAUAUAUUAUUGUGUGCAAAUUUUAUAGCGUUAUAUCCAGGUGAAGGUGGCAGGCAUUGUUUGAAGCUAUUUUACUCAGAGCCUUGGGAGGAGUGCUGAGGUGAGUCAGAAAUGGCUGAGGUAGCUGCUGCCCCUGCUUCCCCAGAGAAAACUGCUGCAUUGCACUGGAAGGGGCCAAAAAUACUGUUUUAUAACAGCUGGAAGGAGGGCAGUGCAGCAGUGGGAGUGCCUCAAUUGAGUGUAAUGCUAUACUUACAGAUCUUGCUGUUUUCUUUUUUAAUUACUGAGGGGAAAUGAGGGCUAAGGAGGAGAGACUGACAAUGGGAGAAAGGUACAUCUUAUUCAACCCGUCUUACUCAGCCUUUCAACUAACAGGGCAAAGCAUUUCAAAUUUGUUAAGUGUUUGUGGUCAGAGCAAAUAUUGCUCAAGGUGUAUAUUGAAAUACGUGCAUGGCAGAGAGUGAGGAACUUCACACUUUGACCUUAUUUAGUAAACUGUGGACAGUGGUAAUUUGACUCAGUGACAUUGAAGAAAGUAAAAUUUGAGAUUAAUGUCAAUUUCUGGAUUAGUGAUAAUCUUGAGCAUAGAAAAUAUCUUAGUAUGUGUGGCAGAAAUAGUAUGGAUAAUGAAAAUAUGAAUGAGAGUAAGAAUAGAGUGAGACUCUGGGUGAUUUGAUUUAGUUCUAACCUUUUUUUCUAAGAUACAGGAGUUUGAAAAAUAGAACCCUAGAGAAAUGUACAAGUGACUGUGCUUCCUCACUCAUGUUCACAUGCAUGAGUUUUAUUUUUAUUCUUUUCCUCUGUAGGUAGUGAGUUAUCAUAUGACAAAUACUUCUUGGCCUGUUUAUGGAAAGUGCUCCAGUGCUGUAUUGAUGAGGCUGCUGUAAAACUUCCCUGAGUAAGGUACCUCCCUUAGUGCUGCUGAGCAAGCCAGUUACAACCUGCUGCUUUUCAGAGGUGCAAUGAAGGCUUUUUUGUUUUCAGUCCUGUAAGACAUGAAGCCAACACUUAUGUUGCUGUCUUAUAUAAAACUUGAGUAAGACAUUGACUUUAUUAAUGAGCCCUGUUGUUGAAAUAUUCCAUUUAUUUUUUGUUCCGGUACCAGAGCUCUGUGGGGGUCUGUUCCUCUGGGAUUUUGGAUCUGCUGUGUUUGGUCAGUGCCUGUUGAUGAGAUGUGGUGUAGGAAC